CGUUGUACUAUCGAUGUGUCAUUUCGAGCAGAUUGCAAAUAUUGCAAAUGUAACAGUUUGUAUCUAUCUUCAGUGCCCCCGCUGCUUGUUGCCCCGUGCCGCCCACACGUACACACACUCUCUCGUUGUCUUUUUCAACCCGGCACCGCCAAGAGCCACUUCAGAAAAUUCACGCUGUUCAAUAGCACCGCCGAGAUGGCGAUCCCCAUAGUGUCUGGCCUCGCCAACCACUACGAAAACCUGCGAGAGCAGCUCCAGGUGGUGCGACAGGCCCUGGCCCCCCUAAACCUCACCAAGUGGCAGCUAGCCCGCCUACUCGCGGCCCAGGUCUGGCGCGAUACAUCGCCCUUGCUCCGCACAAGCCUGCUCGUGGUGCUCGUCGGCUCCUUGAUUCUCGCCGUCGACGCCUACGUCGUCCAGCCGUAUUUCCUGUCUCUCCGGCGCCUCGGCGUCCCCGAACUCAAGCCCACCAAUGGCAGACACGCAUUCGACUACAAGCCCAUGCUGGAUGAGGCGGCCAAGAAGUAUCCCGACCGGCCGUGGUUCUUCGCCUACUCGGGCUUCGAGCUCGUCGUCCUGCCGUCCGCCUACGUCGACGAGGUCCGACGGCUAGCUACGCGGACUGCGUCGCUAGUCGACUUCCUCACCACGGUGCAGUUCGGCGGGUGGAAACUGAUUGGAACCGACGACUCCAGCAGCACUCUCCACAAGACAGCCAGCACCGACCUCGCCCGCAGUGUGGGCCCCCUCGGCCGCGUCCGCCAGGAUGUCGCCCGCGAGGCGCUCCGGACCGUCGUCGGAGAUGCUCCGCAGUGGAAGACUGUCAAUCUCUUUUGGACGGUCCUCGACGUCGUCGCCGCCACGGGUGCUAUCGGGCUUGUUGGCGAACCCCUGAGCCGCAAUCCCCGCUGGCUGAGGGCUGUCCGCACGCUCCCUAUUUGCGUCGGGAUCGGCGUUUACAUCAGCUGCUUCAUGCCGCGUCUCCUCCGCCCGCUGGUCGCCACCGUCUCUUAUGCGCCGGCCUGGCUCCUGCACAAGUAUCUCGCUCGCCUUCUGCGGCCCACUGUCGAACAGGCCGUCAGGGAGUCCUCAGCCCAGACCGAAGACGGGGAGGGAAAGAGAACGACGCUCGUCCAUCUUCUCCUGAACCGUUACAAGCCAGGCGAGCCAGACACCGAACAGCUCAUCAGAGAUGUCAUCACGGCCACGUUCGAGUCAACCCCCACGACAGCAGUGAGCCUGUACUGGAUGCUCACGGAGCUGGUCCUGCGUCCCGAUCUCGCCGAGGAGUUGCGAGACGAGCUCAACAGCGUCGUCGAUGCCGACGGCAAGCUGCCCCCGACACAGCUCGCCGAACUGGCCAAGAUGGACAGCUUCAUGCGCGAGUCGGCCCGAGUCAACACAUUCCACUACCUCGGCCUCAACCGCAUCCUGCAGCAAGACUUCCAGUUCUCCAUCGGCCCCCGUCUGCCCAAGGGCACCAUCAUCUGCGUCGAUCAGGACAACAUCCACAACUCGCCCGAGCUCUACCAGAACCCGGACGAGUUUGACCCGCUGCGCUUCUACCGCAAGCGGCAGCAGCCGGGGCACGAAACGCGCCAUCAGUACGCCAGCAACGGGCCGGACUUGCUGACGUGGGGGGAUGGGCCGCAGGCGUGUCCUGGGAGGGUUUUUGCCACCAACACCAUCAAGAUCUUGCUCGGGCAGUUGCUGCUCAACUACGACCUGCAGCUGCCUGCUGGGUCGUACAAGCCUGAGCGGCGCUCGUUUCCCAAUGGGUCGUCACAGCCGGACAUGGACGUCCAGCUGAUGGUCAGGAAACGGCAAAAGCGGAUCGUCCACAUCUAACUCUGGAGGCGAAUCCAAUGGGGUGGGAUAGUCGAGGCGGGAUAGUCGAGGCUGCUGGACAGUGGCGCGGCGCAGAAUAGUCCAUGUCAUGUGUAUCACAGUCAGUUGCAGCCGAUGAAGGGGUGUUAGAGAACAUUGAUGGUCGUAUAUCCUGCCCACAUCAAUCUUGAACUUUAUAUUUGGUGGGGAAAACAAAACUGCUGAGAACUGUAGGGUU